CAAAACAAUUUAUCAUGGAGUCCUGCCGAUAGUUUACCUUGUCAACACACGUUUUGGUCAAUUGCGAAACAAAACAUCUGUUUAUCGCAUGACAGAAGAAGGAACAAAAUAAAGUAAUUAUAUAUUUUACAGCACAACCUUAAAUCUUCCAGGGUUUUAGAAUGAAAACGCAUACACCAAAUACCUUCUCAUUACAAGGUGCAGGUUUUAGUAACCUGCAAAAUCAUUAUAGACCAGACUCAAGGUCAAAGAAUCAUUAUGCUGAGAACAUGAGAAGAAUCAGAUCGAUUCAGAGACAAAGUAAACAGAAAGAAAAUGAAUCUCAUCAGCCGGUUAAAGCUUUGUGGAAGUCAGAGAAAUACAGCACUGUCACAUCAAAGAUUAAAGACGACAUUCAGAAAGAACCAGCAACUCCAAGACCAAGUUCAGCUAAUUUCCUAAGAGCACAUUCCAGGAUGGGACCCCCAGCUAUCCCAGUACAGAAUAGACCAUGUUCUGCUGAGCCACCAAAAGGAAAACUGACCAUUCCAAUAGCAUCGUCAGCAAGUGAUGUUAAGUUAACGAGACAUAAUUUUGACUUUAUAAAAGUCAAUGGUAUUGCAGCAAGGAAUUCUAAAAUGUUCAAGAGUCCAAGUUUAACAAAUUUGGAUGAAUUGAAGAAAAAACAAGAUGAUGAGUUAAAACGAUACAAGAAAGGAGUGGUACCUCACUAUUUAAUAAAUAGAAAAGAUCAAUGGAAGAAAGAUGAAGAAGAUAGAAUAGCUAACACACCUGAUCCAGCUAUGCCACCAGGGCAUAAAGUUUUACCUGAAAAUGAGAGACUGAAGACCCUCAAUUUGUUGAAAGAAAGAGAAAGGGAACUGAUGAAAUUGUUAUCUGCCCUCCCGUUACGAAUGGAUACGUUUAGAUUAAGGACAGAAAAACAAGAAUUAGAGGCAAAAUUAUCAGAAAUUGACGAGGGAAAGAAGAUCUUUUCAAAACCAAAAGUUUUUGUGAAGAUAGACAGCUAGUGCAUUGUGGGAUUAAAGUAUGAUGCUAGUGCAUCAUGGGACAAUUUACAUGAUGCUGUGCAUUAUGAUAUUUCAAUAAGAUGCAAUACAUCAUGGGACAUAGACUGAAAUCAAACUGGACUUUUAUAGACAUGCUGAUAAUAUUUUGCUAUUAUGUAAUUUCUAUGUUGAAAAUAGAUGGAAAGUAGAAUCUUUUUAGUUGUUGUAUACAUGUAUAUGUUCCCAGAGAAACCUGUGAUAUUUAGAAGUUCAGAUGGUCAUUUUUUUAUA